GCGACUCGCAGUUGCUCAGCGACUCGACACUCAAGUAGACCAGGGUAUAGCUAGUGCCAGCCAAGAGCAACCGUUAGACAUACAGUAAAAUAGCCAUAACCGCAACGACCUAUCCACUUCCCACUGUUUAUUGUGCUAUAAACCAGGUGCAAGUGCAACAUUUAACAACUACAAUAUCGCGCCCUUGCCACCGACUCCCACCUCCCCACCCCCUCUAUAAACUAAUAAAACGAUCGCAACAUUCUCGAAGCUUUUUCGGCAAGCUUAUUACAUAUAACCUACCAAAAUCAAAAAACGCGUGGUUCGCAAAGAAACGAAAAGAAAUACAUAAAACGCCACAGCAAAAGCGGAAAAAAGUGAAAUUGAAAUUCGAAUUCAAAGUCAAAUAUUAAAAAUCUUAAGUUGUAGAAGAGUUACGAACAGUGAUCGCGGCUUUAUCGGUGUGAGUGAACGAUCUUAUACGUGUGUGAGUGAGAUAGAGCAAGUGCAAGUGCAACCGGUAACGGGAUAUUUGAAAGAAGAAACUGAAAGGACAGGACAAAGACCCUCAAAGCAGUUAGGGCUAUAAUUGUCAGUAGAAUUCGUUGAAACUCAGCCUACACUCGGCUCGGUUUGGCUUCACGUUUCGGGAGUAUUAUUCCAAAAUCAAAACCAAAUACCCGAACCAAUCGCCGCCAUCCUGGCACGCCGUUCGCUGUUAGUGUGAGGCGUAAUCGGUUCGCCGGAACGGUUAACUCAUCCAACACCCCUGCUGCCCGUCGUCGAUAGCAUUUGACCAACAACCCACCCACCCAUCCACCCAUCUACCCUGCUACCGAUAGCCGAUAGUCCGCCACGUCGAUAGCCCGUUACCUCGGUUCGAUUCGCACUGAGAGGAACUUGCACCCUGCAACCGGUGCUGCUGAUACGGAUACGGAUACGCAAUAUUUCUUCAAACUGCCCCGACGGUCAAGUACGUGUGCAGCAAAGAGCGUGAACCUUGGAUAAUGAGCGCCUAGGCACGAGCUGUCCGAAUUACUCAGGGGUAGAAAGCAGCAGACAAGCAGCGACAAACAACAACAACAACAACAAAGUCGAAAAUAACAAAUAACAGCAUUUUUUUGCUAAAAGAAGACGACGCAGUUGAAAAAGUGUUAGCAAGUGAAGAAGAACAAGAUCAACAGAAAAAGAGAGCAGAAACAACUUUAAUGAAUUUCGUGAUUAAAAACAUUUCAAAGGUACAACAAAAGCUCAUUUAAUAUAAAAAUAAAAAAGAACGCAACACCAAGAGUGAGUGAAAUACAAAAAAAAAAAAAAAUAAUUUAAAAUCGUGGCACAAACUAAAAACACAACAAAAAGCUCCCCCGUCAACGAAAACGAGAGCGAAUGUGCGACUGUGAGUGCGAGUGCGAGUGAAAUAGCAAAAGCGUGAAAAGAGCGAGCGAGAGACAACAACAAAAACCGAAGUAAAAAUCAAAAGCCAAGCCAAUUGCGCACGGAACGUAGAACGGAGAAAACUAACGGAACUCGAGCGAGCUAACAGCACGGAUAACGGUAAAACGAUACAACGAUCGAAACGGUUAACGGUUACAAUAAGAACAAGCCCCACAGAUAGAGAAAGGAAGAUGGUAAACAAGGCCAACGGCAAGGCGCUGGGGCAGAAGGCGGACAAGGACAAGGAGAGGCAAAAAGAGCGCGAGGCAAUGUUGCCGGCGGCGGGCAACAACAACAGCAACAACAACAAUAACAGUAACAACAACAACAGCAGCAACAUCACGCAAAUGACACAGAGCAAUAAAGGGGGCAAUAAGGGUAACAACAACAAUAAUAACAACAACAACAGUGCCAAUAAUAAUAAUAACAACAACAACAAUGGCAACAAGGCCAAAACAAACAGUAAUAAGAAGAAUGGAGGUAAAGGACAACAAAAUCAGCAGCAGCAGCAGCAACAACAACAGCAGCGCAGCAGCAAGAAAGCCAAGCCCCAAAGGCAACAGAUAUUCCUGCAAUCCUUGCCACGCGACACCAGCAAUUACAGGAAUCACAACAACAACAACAACAGUAGCAGUAGAAAUAGUAGCAACAUAAUAAAUAUAAGCUACAGUGGCAACACAGCAACAGACACACCGGCACCCUCGGAGAGCUUAGUGGCCACCAGCAGCAAGGUCAAUUCCGGUGAGUUGUUAACCGCCGCCUUGACUGUGCCGUGUGCCAAAUGCUCCAAGCCAGCGAUGAUCUCCAGCUUGACAACCACCGUAGCCGCAGCCUCCACCUCGUCCGCUUCCUCAUCGGCCUCCUCGGCCAGCUCUGCCUUAUCGACCAGUUCCGGAUCGGAGACGGCCAGCAAUCACAGCGAGCUCAGCUAUCCGGAGCCGGUUGUAUAUUCCGGCAAACAGUAUCGCAAAUCCAAAUCCUAUAUGGGCGCAUCCCAGUACAAUAACAAUUCCUAUCAGUCGGGCGGCUCGAGCCGGGCGCCGAGCUCCAACGGCGGCAACAAUGGCAACCAUGUGGCCUAUAGACGCUCCCACAGCGAUCGCCGCAACUCGUUCGAUCGCACCUUUGCCUUUCGGAAUCGUGACUUUGUUCCCAUUGUGCCGCCGUCGCGUCCCGUCCUCUCGUCCUCAAAUAUAGCCGGAGUGAUGGCCAGUUCCACCAAGUUGACGAUCAUCGAGCGGUUCGGCAAGGGACGUGUCGCAUAUCCCAUAAUGCAGUGCGGGACACUAGACGGAGCCGAACCGUUAUAUCAUCAACAGCGCAGCAACAGAAUGGACGUAUACCAGAUCGAUGAUGGCUUCCACUCGGAUGGCGGCACUGAGACACCGCCACCAUCACCGAGCUCCGGCUCAUCGAUUGCCUCCACCUCGGACCAUGGAUCGCUGGAGAGCGUGGAUACCGGGGGGACGCAACGAUUGGCCGUGCUCUCGUUCGAGCAGGUUAGCAAGCUGCACAACGUGAUGGACGAGAAGGUGGCCAUCCACGGACGCGGCAACUUCCCCACACUGGAGGUGACGCUCAAGGAUCUGGUGAAUCUGGUGCGGCGCAAGCUGGAGGCGGAAGUGAAUGCCGGCGGCGCCGGGGUGUUAGUUAAGGACAUCCGUCUCAAUGGCGGGGCAGCUAGUCAUGUUUUAGCCAGCGAGGAUCAGCCGUACAACGACCUCGACCUGAUAUUCGCCAUCGAGCUCAGUUCCCCGAGGGUGUUCGAUCGGGUCAAGGUCGCCGUGCUCAAUACGCUCCUGGACCUGAUGCCCGAGGGCGUGUGCAAGCGUCGCAUCUACACGUGCUCCCUCAAGGAGGCCUAUGUCGGCAAAAUGGUGAAGGUGAACAACAACAAUGACGGCGAUCGCUGGUCGCUCAUCUCGCUGGGCAACUCGCCCGGCCACAAGAACGUCGAGCUGAAGUUCGUGGACACGAUGCGGCGGCAGUUUGAGUUCUCGGUCGAUUCGUUCCAGAUCGUGCUCGAUUCGCUGCUACUCUUCUACGACUGUGCCGCACUACCCAUAUCGGAGAACUUCUAUCCGACGGUGGUCGGCGAAUCGGUGUACGGCGACUUCCAGGAGGCACUCUACCACUUGCAAAAGAAACUGAUCUCAACGCGUCAGCCGGAGGAGAUACGAGGCGGCGGCCUGCUCAAGUACUGCAAUCUAUUGGUGCGUAACUACAAGGCCGUCGACUCGCAGCUCAUCAAGACCUUGGAGCGGUACAUGUGCUCGCGGUUCUUCAUCGAUUUCCCGGACAUCAAUACGCAGACCAUCAAGCUGGAGGCCUAUUUGCGUAACCAUUUCUGGGGGGUCGAUGAGGAGCCGUUGCAGUAUCAGUACCUGAUGCAUUUACGCGAGGUGGUCGAGAUGUCGACCGUCUGCCUGAUGGGCCACGAACGACGUCAGACCCUCCACUUAAUCCAGUCGCUGGCCGCCCAGGUGCUCUUCAACAAGCAGGAGAAGCAACAGCAGCAGCACGCCCAGGAGCAGUACCAGCAACAGCAACAGCAUCAACACCAACAACAACAACAGCAGCAGCAGCAACAGCAGCAGCAGCAACAACAACAUCAUCCACAUCACCGUCAGCAUCAGCAUCAGUUCCUGGACCCCGCGCAGCAAGCGCAACAACAAACACAGGCGCAACAGCAGCAACAGCAGCCGCAGCCGGCCACCACACUGACCUUGGUCUCGCAGGCGCCGCCAACGGCCCAGGCGCAGACCAUCUACGUGCAACAGGCCGCUCCCGCUGCCGUUUGCUGCACGAGCAGCGCGGACCAGUCGGCGGCAGCCGGCCCGCAGACCAUACAGAUACAGGCCGGUCCGCCGGGACUCAUCUACGCCAACGGCGUCUACUAUGCACCUGUGAUCCCCAGCACCAUCUGCACGUGCAACUCCACCUGGCUGAGCACGUGAUUGGAGCAGCAGCAGCCGCAUCAACAUCAUCAUCAUCAUCAUCAGAAUCAGCAUCAGCAGAAUGCAUGGGGAUCUGUGCUUUCGGCUGAAACUGAACCACCUAUAGACACAGCACCACUAAUCCCACAACCACCGUCAUUAUCACCAUCACCAUCUGAAUCAGAACUAGAAUCCGAAUCAGCACCCGACACCCAAGUCAGAAAUCAGACAACUAGACCCGCAACUAGCUCCAGGAAGAAGAAGGACAUGGGCAAGACCCAAGGACGAGGCGAGGAGGUGGCACGAGAAGCAGAAGCCCAUCAAGCGGAGGCCACCGCGUCA